UCAGCACAGGAGAAACUUGACGGCUACAAGACGCAGUCCAUUCAUUUUUACAGCAGCAGGCAUGCUUCAUGCAGCUACCAGCACUCCUCCUGCUGCCUGCUCACUGAGUUUCACUUUCCUCAGCCCGCUGCUCAACUUUUCACUGGUUUAACACUAUGGACCCGCUAUGGACGGACACCGGCGCCCCGGUACGGCAUGCAAAUACGUACUCUGACGUCGGCGAUCAUGUGGCUUUUGGCGUAGAUCCUCCUUGUGAUCGCCAAUUUUUUCUUUCCUGUCGCCUGUUGUCUGCUCGGUUAUUGGGCCGCCGUGAGUGUGUUUAAAACAGAUUGGGCUCGUUUCGUCGGUUCGCAGUGGCUUCGGGGAUUGUACCGCACUACCUGAGCAUCGCGCCAAAACGGUGGGCAGGUAGCAUCCUGUCAUGCAGUUCCAGGAGGUCGAUGAGCACUGGAGCUGACACUGUCAGCGAGCCCAGCAUACACUACACUUCAAUAGCCCCACUUCUACCAGACCUUCACCUUCCACUGCCCUCCUCUCUCUCCAGCCACUAAUCUCACCCCAGGGGAAGCCUUUUCUUAAGACUUCUUGGCUGCUGAGUCCCAUCCCACUGUCCUGUGCUUGCUGCCUGUAUCUCUAGUGCAAGCCAGUCCUCCUGGCUAUACCUCUGCACCUUAGACUGUGUUUUCACAGGGGUGCUGCAUCCUGCAUCCUGGGCACCUUGGCCAUAGUCUCCUUUACAACAUCCCUGGCCAAGCACAAGCACCAGGACAAACCCAGGAUCUACCAUCAUCAUGUCCAGUCGACGGAAGGCUUCCACUCCCUGUAUGAUCCGACCAGAGCAGACCAUGGUGGAGCUGGAUGAUGAGUCAGAGGAAUCGCACAACAUGGAGACAAAAACAGAGAACCAUACUGAGGAGGGGCCUAUGGAGGCAGAUCUCUCAACAGGAGCAGAGCCAUCCAUGGACCUGGAUCUAAUGGGAAAGGCCUCAGACCCCCCAGCAGCUCCAGACAAACCUGCGACGGAGCCACCAGACCUUUCUAAGCCUCAACGUAGGCAGCAGGGGGGCUACGAGUGCAAAUACUGCCCCUUCUCCACACAGAACCUCAACACUUUCAAAGAACAUGUAGAUGCCAACCACCCUAACGUCAUCCUAAACCCCCUGUAUCUGUGUGCUGUCUGCAACUUCAACACAAAGAAGUUUGACACCCUGACAGAACACAAUGAGAGGUGUCACCCAGGGGAGAGCAACUUCAAAUUCAAACGUAUAAAAAUGAACAAUCAGACAAUCUUAGAACAGACAAUAGAGGGGUGCAGUAACAAUGCAGUCAUUUACAACACUUCCAGUGCCAUUUCAGGCAAAGGGGACGAACUAGGCAUUCUGCCACUCAGCAAACCCACCACAGUCAAGAUCGGUAAACCAAAAAUAAUAUCAGAUAAUAAACGGACAGAGUCUCAGUUGGGGAAACUGACCCCUGAUCUGGCCAAGAAACCAAUCACAGCGGUCAAUGUCAACGGGACAGUCAUCAUCCCUGAGUCAACGCUCCUCAAAGCAGACGGCCUUUCUCACAUUAUGCCUUCCCUACAGCGGCCUCUAAACUAUACCCAGGUGCCGAAGAUCGCAGUGCCCCUCAACACAACCAAAUACAACCCUUCACUGGAUGACAACCUGACACUCAUCUCCUCCUUCAACAAGUUCCCCUACCCAACACAGGCUGAGCUCUCCUGGCUCACUGCAGCCUCAAAACAUCCAGAGGAGCAAAUCAAAGUCUGGUUCACCACACAGAGGCUCAAACAGGGCAUUAGCUGGUCACCUGAGGAGGUGGAAGAAGCCAGGAAGAAAAUGUUCAACGGUACAAUCUCCUCUGUGCCUCAAACCUUCACUGUGGUAGCUCCUCAGCUCAACUCUCAGUCAUCCACCAACCAGUCUGCUGCAGGCUCCAAACCCAUGCAGCAAGCAGCCUCAGUCCUGCAGUCCCUCCCCUGUCAGCUCCUGGGACCGAGCAGCCUGGUGCUGACUCCUGUAGCCAACGGCUCCACUGUCACUUGCGCACCACUGGCACUCACAGUGGCUAACCAGGUGGCGCAGUCACUUAAACGACCCUUGGCCUCCCCUGUGAUAGCCACAGACAGUAAACGACCCUCCAUCAUUCAAACCAUCUCGGCGCCCAUGGCCACAUCAAAGCCGGCGUCACCCAAAGUGCUGAGUUUCACAGUUGACCCCAAUAAAACAGCCGAGCAGCUAACAGUAUUGAGGUCCAGCUACACACAGUGUCCUUUUCCUGAGGAAGAUGAGAUCUACAGGCUGAUAGAGACCACCGGGCUGUCCAGAGGAGAGAUAAAGAAGUGGUUCAGUGAACAGAGGCUCCUUAAUCUCAAAGGGGUUCCUCCACCACCAGUGCUAGUGAAAGCAGAGGUGAUGCCAGCACCUAAAGAUGGUCCUGUAAAGAAAGCAGUCCCCAGUCAUUUUCCUCUGCUGGAGAGGGUGAAGGGAAAGACAUCUGAGCAGCUGAAGGCACUGGAGGAGAGUUUCCAGAGAAGCAGCUCUCCAACUGAGGCCGAGCUAGACCAGCUGGCCCAGGAGACCAGGCUGUCCAAGACGGAGGUGGACUGCUGGUUUUCAGAGCGCAGGGCACUGAGGGACAACAUGGAGAAGACUUUGCUCUCCAUGGCCUCAAAAAACACGGAGGACAGACCAGACCGGCCCGGGGCGUUGCUGAACGGGGCUUCUCAUCGAGAGCAGGACGGGAAACCUCUCCGCUCCUCCCCUCACCCACCUGUCCUCUCCUCUUCCUCCUCCUCGUCCCCUCCUGUGCUCGCAGCCUCCUCCCCUCACCCACCGACCCUCUCCUCCUCUGCAUCUCCUCCCAUCCUCUCUUCAUCCUCCUCCUCUUCUCCCCAUCCUCCCAUCCUGUCGGCCUCCACAAGCCCAGUCCCCAUCACCAGCCGCUCCCUCACCCUGCUCAGAGAGAUGUUCUGUCGGACCCAGUGGCCAUCUCCUGAGGAGUACAGCCAGCUGGAGGUCCAAACAAGCCUGGGACGCACCGACAUUGUCCGCUGGUUCAAGGACCACCGCUCAGCACUGAAGAACGGUGAAACUCUGGACUGGAUGGAAGGUUUCCAAAACCAGAACGUCGUUGAGCAGCAGAAAGCGGGCCAUGAACAGAACAGCCAGAGUUCUGAGAAGAAACAGAGCGUUUCUUUGGAAGUCAAGGCUGUAAAAGUGGAGGAGGCAGGUGAGAAGACGGCAGCUACGGAGCACUCCAAGCUGUCAGAACAAGACAAAGUCCAGUGGUUGACUGACAGACUAGCACACAGUGUGACGGACCUGAGCCGGACCAGACCAGACCAGACUAGCUCUAGCGCUCCUGACAAAGGGAGGUGGGUAAAGGUCAGUGUGGCAGUGGGGGAGGAGACUGAAGGAGAAGUGGAAAGACAGAGGCUUGCAACAGACUCUGAUGUUUUGACCUUGGAGCAACCAGGGAGGGUCACUGGUUGAUGGUUGAGCAAAUCAUUGACCUCUGAGUCAGACCACCAUCCGAUGACCCUGAAUGACUGAAAUGUGGAACCAGUGAUGUAAUUGUCUGCCUGUGAUGUCAUCACAAAGCGCCGGGGACUUUGGAGUGCCACUGUUAAAGCACUGAUGUGAGGUGCAGAUGCUGACAUUAAGAGGAGUGCCAAAGCUGGACUUGAUGCAUUGUUCUUACUACUACUACUAGAGUUUUUAAAAAAAAACACAAAAACAAAAAAACAAAACAGAAGCACCCUUGUAAAUAUUUUUCUGUAUUACAAAAAAAGUUUGUACAGUUUUACUGGGAGGGCAAGUUUUGUUACAUUUUUAAAAAAAAAAAAAAAAAAAAGUCUG